AUGGUUCCUACGGAACCCGGCACCUACUCAUCCCUUCCAAUGGUUCGUCUUCGUGAUGGUGUCGCUGCCUCGAAUGUUGUUUUUGGUGAGCUAGGCUACGCCAAAGCUGCCAAAGAAUCGUGGACCAUCUUUCAAAAGCUGGUUGCUCAGGGUACGAUUUCUCCUGAAACUCGUUUUCAGGUUUGUCUUCCCACACCGGUAGCCGUUAUCGGAGCUUUUGUUACAAAUUAUCACGAUGAACUUGAACGGUCGUAUGAAUCUCGGCUUCUUACAGAACUAAAAGAAAUAUUAGACUUUGUUCCAAACGACAAACUUGCCAUUCAGUUGGAUGUGUGCUGGGAAAUCGCAAUUUUGGAAGGAUUAACUUCUUCAUGGUUUGGUUCAAACUAUGAAGAACAACUUCUUCAAGUAGUUGAACGGCUUGCUAGGCUUGGAAAUGCUGUACCAGAUGGAGUCGAAUUCGGAAUCCAUCUUUGCUAUGGCGAUGCUGGCCACAAACAUUUCAAAGAGCCAGUGAACAUGUCUAAAAUGGUCGACAUUGCGAUGGGCUUGAUAUCUCGCCUAAAUCGACCGUUGACCUAUCUUCAUCUACCUGUCCCUCGCUCUCGUGACGACGUAGCAUACUUUGCUCCUCUUCAACUUGCUAUUCCUCUACUCGCGUGUCAUCAAACACAGUUGUUUCUUGGUCUCGUUCAUCUUACAGAUGGUGAAGAAGGUGCCAAGAAACGUAUCGAUGCCGCAGCAGAAGUAGUCAAAGGAUUCGGAGUUAGCACAGAAUGCGGACUUGGUCGUCGACCUGAAGAGCAUAUCAUCAAAUUACUUUCCCUCAUACGAACUGUCAGCGGUCUAGUACCACAAUGA